UUUCUUGUCUAUUUUAUGUUAACCAUUUUCUUAAUUGUGUAUUUAAUUUCUCUCUCAAUUUAGUUGAUUAAUUAGUGUUCAACAAUUACCUUGAUUCAUUUACAAUCUACUUUACAGUUUUCUAUUCUCAUCUGUUAAAAUCGUAACUCAAAUUAUUUGCUUUUCCUUUGAUGAUGCAUUUCAUGUUACUCUUUUCCCGUCAAGGUAAAUUACGAUUACAAUCAUGGUAUGUACCUGUUGCCGAUAAGAAUAAGAAGAAAAUAACUCGGGAAUUAAUGACAAUUACCUUAAAUCGAAAGGUGAAACAUUGUUGUUUCUUUGAUUGGAAAGAUUUGAAAAUUGUCUAUAAAAGAUACGCUAGUCUUUACUUUCUCUGUGCCAUUGAACCGGAAGACAAUGAGCUUCUUAGCCUGGAAUUGAUUCAUCGAUAUGUUGAAUUGUUGGAUAAAUAUUUUGGUUCUGUUUGUGAAUUGGAUAUUAUAUUUAACUUUGAGAAGGCUUAUUUCAUUCUCAAUGAAUUUGUUCUUGGUGGUGAAGUUCAGGAGACUAGUAAAAAAUCAGUUCUCAAAGCGGUUGCCAGUCAGGAUGUGAUCGCUGAAGAGGAAGCCUCAUCACAUGGUUUCUUUGAAGAGCAUGGACUUGGUUAAUUGUCAACAAUUAACUUUCACUUUCGACCAGCAAUCAAUUGUACAAAAACAAAGGCACUUAUCCAAACAGCAGCAGCAGCAGUAACAAAAAAACGCCAACAGUUGAAAGGCCAAAAAUUAAUAUAAAGAUGAGAUUGAUUUUCAUCACGGAAGCCAAAUCAUUUAAACCAGAAUUUACCAAAAUUGGAUCAACAAUCAACUAAUUUUACUGAUUAUUUUCUUCUUCUUCUUCAUUUUCAUGCCAAAUCUUAAUUCUAGUUUGGGAAAACCGAUCCAGUCAAAGCUCAAUCAAUGAUGCAAAAUUUUAUGAUAGAUGAUGAAAUUUUCCUGCUUUUGCUUUAAAGUGACAAUUUAAAUUAUAGUGAUUAUGUUAAAUCCUAGUCAAUAGAUUUUUUUUUAUAUUACAAUUUUGAUUACAAUUCUA